AUGGGAGACACAGAGAGUUGCAGCAGUAGAGCAGUAGAUUCCGUGCCUCGAAACCAGAGGCAAAAGCUAGAUGUUUUUAACGAAGUUCUUUGCCGACUUAAAGAAUCGAAUGAUGAAGAAACGAGUCUUCCUGGCUUCGAAGACGAGCUCUGGACUCAUUUCUGUAGACUUCCUACUCGUUAUGCAAUGGAUGUGAAUGCGGAGAGAGCGCAGGAUGUUAUUAUGCACAAGAGAUUGUUGCAGAUGGCACAUAAUCCAGCUACUCGGCCGGCAAUUGAAGUGCGACUUGUUCAGGUUCCUUGUGCAUCUGAUGGACAUUCUGGUGAUUCAGUAGAUUCAGACUCUCCAAGGAAAUUGCAGCUUCAAUAUUUUGAUUAUCUCGGAAAACAGAGGCACGCCUUUGGUUCAUUAUCUGAGUUUGAACUUCUUCAUAAAUAUCAGGAUAAGGAUAUUGACGUGAUUACCAGGCCACUUUACUCCAGGCUGAUGCAUGAAAUUACAAUUUCAACUGAUGAUAAGCCAAAACUCCUGAGUCAGUUGACUUUCUUACUUUCUGAGAUCGGGCUCAACAUUCAAGAAGCUCAUGCUUUUUCUACUAUGGAUGGCUACUCCUUGGAUGUGUUUGUUGUUGAUAAUUGGGCACCUGAGGACAUAGAGCAGCUUAGAAGCAUGCUGGUUGAAGAAAUUCCAAAAAUUGAGACGAACACUCAGUUAAAAUCUCAUGCCAUUUAUCCUGUUGUGGAGCAAGAUCAAAUAGGAAUCAGUCUUGUCUCUGAUCACAUGUACGCUCCUGCUGAUCCAAUUGAUGUUUGGGAAAUUGAUGCACGCCAGUUAAUAUAUGAGAAAAAAAUUGCAACUGGAUCUAGUGGACAUCUGUACAAAGGCACCUUCUGUAGUCAAGAUGUGGCUAUUAAAGUUCUUAGAGGAGAACAUCUAAAUGAUAAACUUCAGAGGGAAUUUGCUCAAGAAGUUUUUAUCAUGAGGAAAGUUCGUCACAAGAAUGUUGUGCAAUUCAUAGGUGCAUGUACCAGACCUCCAAGCUUGUGCAUUGUGACAGAAUUUAUGUCUGGUGGAAGCAUGUACGACUUUCUGCAUAAACAAAAGGGGAGUUUAAAUCUUCAGUCUUUACUCCGAGUAGCAAUUGAUGUUUCCAAGGGAAUGCACUGCUUGCACGAAAAUAAAAUAAUACACAGAGAUCUGAAAGCUGCCAAUCUCUUGAUGGAUGGAAAUGGAGUAGUUAAAGUUGCUGAUUUUGGUGUUGCUAGAGUGCAAGAUCAGUCUGGUGUUAUGACUGCAGAAACUGGAACUUACCGCUGGAUGGCUCCAGAGGUUAUUGAACACAAGCCAUAUGAUCAUAAAGCUGAUGUUUUCAGUUUUGGCAUUGUGCUUUGGGAGUUGCUUACUGGAAAGCUUCCAUAUGAGCAUUUGUCCCCAUUACAAGCAGCCAUUGGCGUGGUCCAGAAGGGUAUAAGACCAGAAAUUCCUAGCCAUUCUCAUCCCAAAUUGGUAGAACUGCUCGAGAGAUGCUGGCAGCAAGACCCCCUCUUGAGACCUGAAUUCUCUGAAAUUUUAGAGCUUCUACAGCAGUUAGACAGGAUGGUUGCUGAAGAAAGAGAGGACAAGCAGAAAGGAAAGUCUCCCAGAAGAGUUGUAACUGCAAUUAGACGAGACAGACGGGUGAAGCCACGAGAUGUGAGUAGUAGUAUACAUCCAUCGUAA